AUGGCAAAUGAUCAUGAACACAAAGUAGUCCUUAAUGAAGAUCACAAACCUAAAGAAGAUUUUAUUGAAGCAAAAAUAGCAAUUAGAGCACUUAUUCUUGGUAUUAUCAUUGGAUCAACAUCUAUAGCAUCAUUUCAUGUUAAUUUUUCAGAGUUAACUAUAUAUUUUACUAUUCUAUCAUUCUUUCAUUUUUUAGAAUUUUGGAUUACAGCACUUUAUAACCCUUUAAACGUAUCUAUUUCAUCAUUCCUAUUUUCUAAUGGAAAUCAAUAUAUUCUUGCACAUUGCUUUUCAAUAUUGGAAUAUCUAUUAGAAUAUUUAUUUUUUCCUCAGAUGAAAAUGCACAAAUUAAUAAAUUAUACAGGUCUUUCAGGAAAUUUACAAUUUUCUAAAAAGUAUAAUGAUUUUAAAGGGUUUGCUAUAGCGUGUGGCGGACAAUUAUGCCGUUCAUUAUCUAUGAUUCAUGCUACUCAUAAUUUUUCACAUAAAAUAUCAUUAAAAAAAAGUGAUGAUCAUUUUCUUGUCACAGACGAUGGAUUCGUCAUCCAUCCUAUUUUGGAUUUUUUUAUUGGGCAAUAG